AUGAGUACAAGCACACUAAUAGAGGUGUUUGGUCACAUGGUAGUCAGUUUUACGAAAGGUGUGAUAGCGUUUUACAACCCAGAUGAACCAGAGUUCACGACAGAGUCCUUGGGCUACAAUCCAUUAGAAAGUACAGGUCGAGAGUGGAACUAUCAUCCCUUGGAUGAGUUCAUUUAUCAAGAAUACAGCGACAGAGGGCACACACCUGGCUCCUCUUAUAUGCCGUCAAGAAAUAUUGCUGUAAGAGUUAUAGACGCUUGCUCACCCCAAGAAAAGGAAGAAACACGAGGCGAACAGCGAAGAGAUGACAGAGCAAUGGCUUGGAAGAGUUUCAGACCUUCCACUUGUCACACAAUUUGGAAAUCACUGUAUACUGGAACUUUGAUUUCAUUACUAACUGCAACAAUCAUCGGCUCUCUAUUCUCGUCGUUCACUUAUCUCUCUUACGAAACUGUACUCGACUGCCCGUUCCACUCCAUUGAGUCAAUUCCGUCACAGAUACAAUGGAUGAAAUGUAUAUCCGGGAUCUUAUCUUCUGCCUUUGUAUACAUGUGGUUCCCUGUGAGUAUGUUACUUCUAUUUCGUCCUUACCAGUUAAUCGGAGUGAAAAUGAAACUGGCGCUUGCUGCUUUCUCAGUGUAUUGCUUGGAUACCCUUUAUCGUGUUGGACUACAGGCCUUUGAAGUUUUACAGUCCAAGGCAUUCACAUCACCGAAACUUCCGCUCAACUUUCUGUUUCUUCUUAGUGUAUGUUUGCAAGUUUAUCUUGUAACGAGCCACUUCUCGGUCAGCCUUUCGAGGAGGCAACGAGUUUAUUUAUUCUUACAACUGAUUCUUCCAAGCUGUUUCAGUUACAUUGUUACUUUCAUUACAAUUUACACAAUUUACCCGGCAUACAAUAAACAAAAAAAUGAAGGUAAAUUACUGAUUGCCAUCCUCGCUCCUCUGGUUGGAUUUGUACUCAAAGUAAUUUGUAGGAUUUCUGUUCAGCGGCUAAGGAACGUUACACAUCCGGGAUAUUCAUACGUAUUACUGGCGCCGCUGUUCUUCGGAUCAGCGAUUGUGUUUCGAGUUUUACAAGCAGAUCUAGACAGUUUGCGAUCUAUGGCUAUUCUUGGAAUAGUUCAUGGAAUUUCGGAGGUCUUAGAACGAAGCUUUAUGGUCGUUAUUGAUCACUACGGCCAUGUUAUUUGGAAAAGAACGUCAGCACCUUGGGGAAGUUUUCGCACUCCUCGCCGUGAGAGACUAAUGGCUGAUAUCGCCAUUAUGAGCAUGUUGUUUGAAUCAAUUGGUAUAGUGUCUGUCAACGGCGUUUUAUACUUAUAUGAAGCUAUUUACCUACAUAGUGAUCCCCUUGUAAAAUUGCUUCAGUCGUUCGCCAUCCGAACUUCAAUUUUAUUGGUGAUUGAGUGGUUUUUCACCAGCAUGUCUCUAGCGAUCGUGAUUCACUACCAGAACAUGGCCGUCGUGGCUGUUUGGCGAAAAAGAUGGAGGAGACACACAUUUGUUGCAGUUGUCUGCGCGGUUCCCUUAGCAUUAUGGACAAGUGGGUAUCUCUUAGAGAUUUUGCAUGGGCGUUUCAAAGACACUGACCAACCUUGCAGAAUACCGUUCACUUAAGAGUAAUAAAGAAUGCAUGUUCCACUGAUGACUUACGUAUCUUCUGCUAAUCCCCGAGGUUAAUCUGAUAUCAUGAAGCAUCUUUGCAUUUUCUUCACCGGCAAUGGUUUAUCUUCAACUGCAAUUGGAAUCUACACGUGUCUGUUAAGUUUCCGUCAGAUUCAUCCCAUGUACUUGGUAUCACUCAUUAAUUCAUUCAGAGAUUUCUACAGAUGUAGUAUGUUAACGACACUUAAAAAGCGAAGGAAGCCAAACCAAAUAAUCAGUUACUCGAUACGAUAAAAAAUUAUGAUUUUGAAAUAUAAAUCUGUUGUUCCCUUGUUUUCGUAUAGUUAACCAAAUACGCUCAACACUGUCUCAACAUUGUAUGAACCAAAAGUACGUUUAGUCGAUAAGUCUAAAUUGUCUUAUUUGUAAAAGACAUUUUCACCAAACGGUUUUUUCCAAGGCAGAUUUAGGGUACAAUCUCCGUCAACACAAUAUCAUUGGCCGUUUAUUCAAAGCUUAUACUGUUAACAUAAUGCAAAUAACUUUGAUGAUGAUAAAUUUUUUGUAACAUGUUCUGCAUUUAAGUAUAACUUAUAUAUAUUUAUAUAUUUAUAUAUAUUUUAUUUUUUAUUUAUUUAUUUAUUUAUUUUUUAAGUAUAUAUUUAAGUCUAAAUUGUCUUAUUUGUAAAAGACAUUUUCACCAAACGGUUUUUUCCAAGGCAGAUUUAGGGUACAAUCUCCGUCAACACAAUAUCAUUGGCCGUUUAUUCAAAGCUUAUACUGUUAACAUAAUGCAAAUAACUUUGAUGAUGAUAAAUUUUUUUGUAACAUGUUCUGCAUUUAAGUGUACACAUUAAAUGUGGUCCUAUCACCUGACAUGAAGGGCUUUUCGAAUGAGUCGUAAAACCAAAACCAAAAUACAUGUAAUCACAACAGCCAAUCACAGGUAAUGAAAAUACCUUUAAGAACCAAUGAGAACUCAACAUGAAACUGAUCAAACUACCUAAAGCGCAGGAAAACGCACGUACUAAGUCGUGAGUGGUUUUAGUUUUGCAUCUGAUUGGUUAAAAGAGUUGCGCAAGUUCUCUGGACCAGUCAAAGAGCGAAGUGAAGGAAACACAAAGCAUUCACGGAUUACUUUCGACAUUCAAUUAAAAAUUGCUUAAACGUAAGCGACUGUAUGUAUUUCUGAAUAGAAAAGUCACGAAAUGUGGGGUCAAGAGAUAGUGUAAGACUAAGCACUUUGUUGGAAGGUUUCCUCCACUUGCAUCGUAGAUUGUUCGCGCUUCCUUCUCCCACGUUUAAAACUAACACUCGCCCACCUCAGAGGAUGUAGUUCGUGGCUUUUAAACUGUGCUUUAGUGGUUUUUAUUUAGUGAUGAAGUCAAGUGAUUACAUAUUGAUAUGAUCAAAUGAAGUACGAUGGGUGACAAUGAAAACAAGAGGUUUUUUGGUGCUAAAAUUAUCAUGCAUGAUUCCUCGUGCAAAUCAAAGCCCACGGGUCGAGCGGGAAAACAUGCGCAAAACAAAAUCAGCCAUAUUUACAUGGUAUUUUUAUCCGUCAUCAAGAACUCUUGCUGUGAUGCCAUGAUCAGCAAGAUGAAGAUGAGGAUAUGGCUUCGAAGCAACUCAUACCAUCCGCUUUCCGCACAUUUUGUAAAUCGAUGUACAUUGGGGCUUUAAUUUCACUUCUAACAGCCACCAUCACAGGCUCUCUUUUCGUGUUGUUCACUGAUCUCUCUUACAAAACUGCACUUAACUACCAUGCAGUCCCGGCCCAGGGAAUUAAUUCCAAUACAAUGACAAUGAUUGAGAUAUAUUUCUAA